UUCUUCUUUCGCGGGCUCUGCUUUUUUCCUCUCUCGUCUCCUCACCCACCCAACCCAAUCCCACUUCUUUCUUUACAUCUAAGAACCCUAACUCUAACCUCUCUCUCUCUCUCUCUCUCUCUCUCUCUCUCUCUCUCUACAUCCCCAAACCCUAGAAUCAUCACUCGCCGUGGUCUUCGGCUAGGUUUACCUACAGGGAAAGCUUGACUGCUUAAUCUCUACUGUUGCUGCUUCAAUGGCUUUUAACUCAAGCAACCAAGGUCACCUUGGUGCUUCAAAGAGAUCAAUCAUUAUGGAACCAGAUGUUGCUUCUGGUCAAUCUCAUUCCCAGCUUCUCAAAGAGAUUGAAUCAUGGAAAGCGGAACUCCUGACGAAACGGAUUGAUUUGGUUGAGAAAACUUGUGAGCAAAGAAUUGAAUUACUGCUUCAGAAUCAACUAGAAGAGGUUACAGAAUUCUGCAGGUAUAGGGAAGCAGAAAGGGUGAAAUUACAGAAAGCACAUGAUAUGGAUUUGGACCGUAUGCAAGCUCUGCGUAUCGAUACUUAUGUUAAAAUUAAUAAGAUGAACUUAUUGCAUGAGAAGUUUUUGGUAAAAUUGGACGCAUUUGAUCAUCACAUGAAGGGCCAGCGUAGGAAACUUAUUGUCAAACAGUUAGAUGCAAGGGCUAAGGAAGGGCGGUUGCGUGAUCGUUGGUUGGAAGAUGUUAAAGCUGGUAGACUCUCAGAGACUUUUGAUGAACUUGCUUUAUCUGGUACUGGAUUUUGUCUGGAACGGUUCAAGUAUGGUGAGAGUGAUGGAGUUGGCGAUGAAUGCCCUGGGAGCAAAUUGCGCGACUCUGGUCUUUCUUUAGGCAAGCAGAGUGCUGAUAAAGUUUCAACUGGAUCAGCAGAACGUGCUGACAUUUGUGGAAGUUAUACCAAAGCUUCCAUAAAUUCUACAAAUGAAAGUGCAGCAGAGGCACCUACCGAACCUGGAAAGUUUGUUUCUCAUUCCUGUAGUUUGGGUGCAGCAGAAACAAUCGUUCAACCUAUUAAAACCGCUGAAGUUUUGGAAAUUGGUACUAAUACGACAAAAUGUGACGCUUCCCAUCAGACUGAGACCCUAUUGUCUUCUUUUGUCGUGAUAGAUGCGGCAGUACACAAGCGUGAUGCAUUUAUUUCUAAUUCAGAAGCAGUCACUGAAGCUGGAAUUGCUGUUGAAGCUAAGUCAUCUCAUUCUGAAUUGGGUGGCGUAAGUAAUCUACUUAAUGAGUUUGAUGCUAUCCCUUCUAGAUUAGUGACACCACCACCAGUUGACAAGCCCGAUGAGAUGGGAACUUCAUUAUUGUCAUCUUGUGUCAGGAAUAAAGCAGACUCUAAGCAUGAUUCAGUGGUUUUUAGCUCUCAAGGAACAGAUGGAGUCUGCAUCCCCAUUGUAAACAAUAUACUUCAAUUAGAUGGCAUAAAUGCAGCAUCAGAUGAAGUUGAAGAAAUCCAGCCUAAACUAAUGGCAAAAGCAAGAGUUGACAAUCCUCUCGAGACUCAAACUCCUUCUUCACCAAUAAUCAGGAGUUCAGCAGUUAAUGAGCUUGAUAUUAUCACUAACGCAGAGGCAAACUCUGGAGUUGGCAUGGUCCUUGACAAUGUAACUCUUUCAUCAUCAUCAAAUAAGGAAAAGGUGGUAUCCUGUGAUUAUGAGCCAACUCCUGCCAAACCAGGAGCAGCAUCAGGAGUCGGCAGUCCUGUUGAAUGUGAGUCUCCAUCUCUAUCCACUGUUAGAGAUGCAACAGUCAAUGGGGUUGGUGCCUCUGUUACUAAUUUGGAAUUAACAAAUAUAGUUGGGAUACCGCGUGAGGAGAAGAUUCUGCAUUUGUCAGAUGCGACAAAUGUAGCAGCAGACAAACCUAAUGCGGUUAACAUUGAACUGGGACCUGCUGCUGAAUUUGAUGGCGAGCUUGAUAAUGUGGUUACUGAUUUGGAAGCGGCAAACAGGGUUCGUGUGCCUCUUGUGACAAAGAGUUUGCAUCCAUCAGAUGCGACAAAUGCAGCAGCAAACGUACCUAACGAAACAAUUGACUCUAUCUUGGAGCCAACUGCUAGAAUGGAAACAACCUUCGGAGCUGAGAUGCCACCUGCAUCUGAUGCCAUGUUUGCAGCAGCUGGCAAAUUUGAUGCAAUUUAUACUUCCUCUGCGGGGAGACAACUUAAUAAUCCGCAAUAUCAAUGUGUGUAUUCUGAUAGUGCUUUUUUGACAUCCCUUCCUCUACAAAGUCAAAUAGAGGUCCCUUCCUCGAGCCAAGUCUGGCCAAGCUUUGCAUUAGAAAACCCUAUGGCAUCUAAUCAGGCUCUGGAUGCUAGCAACCAAGAAUGUGGCAUCAAUAACAGACCGGUGGUUGACCAAGAGUUAUCUCCUCUACCAAGCAUGUUUCCUGCAUUGAGGUCUAUUAUUUCUGAGCCUUCCCAAGCACCGCAAAUCAAUCAUAAUUUGGUGGGAUCAGGUUGUUUUCAACUGAACCAUCCCACACCUAAUGAAACAGAACAUGGUGACAAUCAAACAAGCGCAACUGAACAAGGACCUUACCAAAUUGGUUUUUCAAAUCCAGAUAUCUCAGAGCCAAACAUUGCUUCCCUCUCACAGUUUGAACCAUCUAAUCAACCAUUCUCACAAGCUCCUGUGCAGCCAAUGUCUUCACCUGCUAAUAUUCCAAGAGAAGGAAUGCAAUCACAGGACGUUGGAAGCAUCUCUUCGGUGUCAGGCAAUCUAUUGAAUGAACUUCAAGCACAACUGAGAAUGCAUCCACAAUGUCUGCAAUCAAAUCCAUUUGACAAUGAAUUGACGAAGAUUUCUAAACUGAAUGAGGUUUUGAGCCAAAUGCAUGAAGAUAAGAAACAGAAAAUCAAAUUGGAAUGUGAGAAAGAUCUUGAAUCUGUCAAGAGGAAGUAUGAGGCACUGAUUCAGGAGGCUGAGCAAAAUUUUGUGCAAGGGAAAAAAUUAUUUCAGACAAUAUCAGAGAGAGUGAAUAACAAUAUAAUUUUAGCAGCACAAUUCAGGGACAAAUUCUACGAAAGCAAGGGAAGAACUCCUGCCGCAUCUUGUGGUGCAACGAUGACACAGCAGAUUCCUCAGGUAUGGCAGCAGCCAGCAAUUCUGCGGCCCUCUUCACCAUUAACCUCAGCACCAGCUCCUGCCCGAGCUGGUCUUCCUUCAAUGCCUGCAGGUUCUCCUCAGUUAGCAAUGCGGCACCAAGAUGCGGCCUUUCCUCAUCAAAUGUUCCAGUACACUCAUCCAAUCUUUCCGGGCAAUUCAGACAGAUGCAACUUCAGCAUGGCACUACCUUCACAACCACAACCACCAAGUCGGCAAAUUGGAAGGGAUAUCCGAUUACCUGCUCCUCAUCUCCAAUCAUCAAGAUACCGACCAUCAUUGCUCACCCCAAGUCAAACAUCUGGGCUCCAAACUGGCAGUUCAAUGGGUCGUGAAAGUACUUGCACCGGCAUGGGGCUUGGUGAUAAUAAUAUCCUCUAAUUCUGAGAAUGCGCCCCUUAUAAACUGUAUGUCCAGCAAUGCUACAUUCUUGUGAUGCUGUUCAGGUUGGAGGUUUGCUGGCAUUGCCUGCGUCUAGGACUUGAUGCUCCAGAUCUUAGUAAUUGUUGCAGCAGGUGGUGUCUGCUGAUCAAGUUUGGAAAGGGUGAUGCUGCGCAUCUUCUAACAUUUUGCAACAUACUUGAGUUUUUGUUUUUAUUGUCUUGUUGUUAAGAAAUGCAGGCAUGAUGCACAUGGGGGUAAGUUGCUGUUGUCGUUUGGAAUUCUGUUUCUGUUUCAUUGUCCCUAAUGUAUAGACAUUAAGAUAAAUUUAUAGUUAGAUGGUAGUGUUCAUAGCUGUUG